CUAGCAAAGUCAGACAAAGAAGAUCCGAGGAGGCGACGUAUAUUUUUUUGAUUCACGAAAUGCACUAAUAUCUGGGCUUGCUGAUCAAAUUUAAAAACAGCAUGUGUGUAGUUGGAAAGUCAAAUGAGCCACUGACCAAACUGAGGGUCAGCCCAUUCUUAAUACGACCGCAGAGAGGCGCUGUUUAAAUGUUGAACACUUCAGAGACUCAGGUUAAAACUCACCGGCCAUUAUAUUGGGAACGUCAUGCUUGUACUGGGUUGGACUCUCGUUGCCUUCGGACCUGCGUUAACACUUCGUGGCUCAGAUUCAACAAGCCACCACGGGCAUGUGAAGACUACUGGAGCGAGUUUAGACACUGCAAAAGUUUUAAAAACUGGUUUCACCACUACUACACUUACGGUACCGUGCCAUCCUGCCAGCAGUGGAAAGAGGACUACCAUAACUGCAGAGAGUGGGAGAAACACAGAGGCACCGAGGCUAAGGAGGCGUUGCGGAGAAGUGAGAAAAUCAGAGUGGCAGAGCAAAGAAACUUCAUUCCAGUGUGGCAGCUGAGGCAGGAGCCUCCUAGAGACUGGCACGUGCCACUGAACCAGGAGAAGCCUCAGGACUCCUGAACAUCGAGUUUUGACAACAUGCUUAGUUUCAGUUUAAGAGCCUGGGCAUUCUCAUGAUCACGAGAUGUCAUCAGUUGUAUUCAGAGAACUGCUGUAUGUAAAAUGAUAUAUAUACAGUAUGUCUAACAAUGCUGGCAGCAGCCAGUGCUCAGCGAUAAGGAUUAGCUGUUUUAUCAGUAAAUAUGAUCCGUUUCCAGACAGGCUGGUGUCUCAUAGGUACUAAUUCUGCAAAGCUUGUGUAAACUUAAGCACAAAGACUGACUGCACUCAGAGAAAAUUAGCUCUAUAUUAUCCUUAUGUUGACAGAAUAUAUAGUCAGUACAGGUAAUCAGUGAUCUGCUUCAUUCUCCUUGAAAAAAGUGAAGAGCCAGGUGUUUGCAUGGUACCUGUAGGCCUAUCUGUAUUUGUCAGCUGCUCAGCAAAUGAAUUGACUUUAAGAAAGGUUAAUGAUGUAGGUAUAUGGGAUGUUUAAUCCUACUGAAAAAUCGAGGUGACAGAAUUCAGAGUUGUGUAGCAGUUUUCUGCCUUAUAACAUGACAUGUUCAAAAAGAUUCUGAACACUGGAUCAAUAAAAAGAUUUAUUCCAUUAUUAUAGACAAAUAUUAACGUGACACAAA